AUGAAUGGUUUAGUGAAUGGUUUAGCUGAGAGGAGGGGGGUACUAUUAACUUGUCAGACUACCAAUAAUAGAAUAGUAAUCGUCGAAUCUCUCUUGAUGCAAUUAUUAUUAACUAUACAAUUAAAGGAAGAUGAAGAUAAUCAACCUAUCAUACCACCACUGUCAUAUACAAUCGAUAUUGACAAUAUUCUAUUCUCAGAGACACCCGUCAGUCGAUUAAAAGAACUACUAGCCAAUGAAAUACCACCACUGCAUCGUACAAGUGACAGAUGUCGACUUGUUAGUGACAUACAAGACUAUAUACUCAAUGCGAUCGUAACCAAUGAACAACAAGAUAUAGAGUUUAAAGAUAAUGAAUAUAUUGGUACGCCAACGUUGGCGUCUUUGACUCAUACAACUAUUGUACUUUUAAAUGGUAGAGGAUCAAUUGAUAUGUCACAUGAAGAGGAACCGAUUCCAUAUGUGGUUGUAUUGGUAAAGAAUAUAUUUGGUAAUGUUUGGCCAUUGGUCAUCCGAUCCGAUGACACUGUUGGUGAUAUUAAACGACGGAUAGCAACCAAGAUUGGAGUAAAGAAAACAAAUCAACGUCUUAUUUGUCAAGGUAGAAGUUUGGAAGAUGGAAAACCUCUUCAAUACUAUCUAACAACAAAUUUAUCAAAUCUUAAUCAAGAUCUUAUCAUCAUUUAUCUUGUACUAAGAUUAAGAGGUCCAUUUUAA